AUGGAUGAGGAUUUUAAGAAAAUGUUCAUCGAAAUGAUGAAUACACAGCAGAAGAUUUUGUCCGAGCUUGCUAUGAGCCGAACAAUGUCCACGGCUGCCGCAGGAACAUCAUCGACUGAUGCCCGCAUGGAAUCUCUUGCCAAUUCUAUGACAGAAUUCCAUUACGAUCCCGAGUCUAACCUCACAUUCGACAACUGGUACAGCCGUCAUGAGGACACAUUUCGGGUCGAUGCAGGUAAACUCAAUGAUGCCGCCAAGACACGUCUGCUGCUCCGCAAACUCAGUGAUAGUACUCAUGCGGAGUACAUGAACCACAUUCUCCCGAAGACCACACGAGAUUUUUCGUUCGACGAGACGGUGUCUAAAUUGAAGCAGCUUUUUAGUGCACACGCAUCCCUCUUCUGCAAGCGAUACCGCUGCCUCACGCUUAACAAGAAAGCUUCCGACGACUUUCAAAUGUAUGCCGGUUUUGUGAAUCGCCUAUGCGAAGAUUUCGGUGUUGCUAAUUGUUCCGUCGACGAGUUCAAGUGUUUAAUAUACGUUUGUGGCCUACAUGCACCCCAAGAUGCUGAGAUCCGGACCGCUCUGCUAGCUAAGCUGGAAGGCAACAAAUCAAUGACGCUCAACGAUCUCACCACAGAGUGUCAUCGCAUUAUCAACCUUCGGAAAGACGCUUCAAUCGUGGAGUGCCCAAGCGAGAAGGCAUCGGUCAAUGCUAUCAAUCCGAACAAGCACCCGAAGAAAUCAGUCGUCUCUAAGCCUGCAUUCAAACACCCACCGAUGCCCAACAAUACGGCUCAUCGUAACAAUAGUGAUAGCAACAAUAAACCGAGAACGCCGUGUUGGAAAUGCGGACAGCUCCACUAUAUUCGCGAGUGCCCCUUCCAAGACCAUCGCUGCCGUGAUUGUAACGUUAUUGGACACAAAGAAGGGUAUUGCCACUGUGUGUCAUCGAACCCAGGCAAGAAAAGGAAAUCGAAACAAGCCCCACAAACAAAAGGCAUUUAUUCCGUUCGACAAGUUGCUGCUCGGGAUCGGAGAAAAUACGUCACCGUUGUUGUAAAUAAAGUCAAAAUUGAGCUCCAGUUAGAUUGCGCGUCAGACAUCAGCAUCAUCACCGAAGACAACUGGAAUCGGAUCGGACGACCAUCAACUAAGCCACCUUCACAACAAGCCCGGACGGCUUCAGGUCAACCGCUACCGCUCAUCGCAGAAAUUGAUUGUGACGUUAUGCUGAGAGGAGUUCAUCGUUCAGGUAAACUGUUUAUUACCAACGUUCACAAUCUCAAUCUUCUAGGCCUCGACUUUAUCGAACUCUUCAACCUGUGGCACGUUCCCCUGAGCACGGUCUGCAACAACGUCACGACAGCAACCGACAACGUUCAAUGGUUGAAAAUAUCGUUUCCGCAACUGUUUUCGGAUUCACUGGGUUGCUGUAAUAAAACAGAAGCAAAACUUUAUGUGAAGCCGGAUGUUCAGCCCGUUUUCCGUGGUAAAAGACCUGUUCCGUUUGCCGCACUUGAACCGAUCGAGACUGAGCUGAAACGAUUGGAAGAGUUAGAAAUCAUUUCGCCGGUGGAGUUCUCUGACUGGGCAGCACCCAUCGUUGCCGUUCGUAAGAAAGCAGUGAACGGACAGCCACCGAGAGUAAGAGUGUGCGCUGACUAUUCUACUGGCCUAAACAGCGCCAUUCAGCCCAAUCAGCAUCCUCUCCCGCUCCCCGAGGAGAUUUUUGCCAAACUCUCCGGCAGCAUAGUCUUCUCGCACAUCGAUCUAUCGGAUGCGUAUUUGCAAAUACCGGUCGAGAAAGAUUCCAGACAGUACCUCACGAUCAAUACUCAUCGCGGAUUGUUUGAGUUUAAUCGCUUGCCACCGGGUGUCAAAUCUGCCCCCGGCACGUUUCAAACGAUUGUCGACGCCAUGGUAGCUGGUUUGGAAGGAGUUGAAACGUACCUCGACGACGUACUGGUGCACGGAAAGGACGCCAAGGAACAUCGAGUCCGUCUUUUGAAGCUUCUGGAACGUAUCCAGGAGUGGGGUUUUACGCUGCGCAUUGAAAAUUGUUCUUUUUUCAUGCCGGAAAUCCACUAUCUCGGUUUCAUCAUCAACCAUCAAGGGAUCCGGCCCGAUCCUGUCAAAACAGCAGCGAUAUGUAGUAUGCCGCCCCCACACGACGUCAGUACUUUGCGAUCAUACCUCGGCGCUAUAAAUUUUUAUGCCAAAUUUGUUCGCAACAUGCACGAUCUACGACGCCCACUCGAUUCACUUCUUAAAGAGGAUUCAAAAUGGAACUGGGAUGAGAGCUGCCAACGUUCAUUUGAGCAAUUCAAAAGUUUGCUCCGUUCAGAUCUGCUGCUUGCACACUACGACCCUAACCUCGAAACGAUUGUCGCAGCGGAUGCAUCCAGCCAUGGAGUCGGAGCGUGUCUUAUGCAUCGAUACCCAGACGGUUCCAUGAAAGUCGUGUGCCAUGCCUCCCGAACGCUAACUCCAGCAGAACAGCGUUACGGUCAAGUGGAAAAGGAGGCAUUGGCGCUAAUCUUCGGUGUCACUAAGUUUCAUCGCUUCAUAUACGGAAGAAAAUUCAGCCUACACACCGAUCACAAGCCGUUGGUCGCAGUAUUUGGAUCCAAGAAAGGUAUACCAAUCCAUACAACCAACCGCCUACAACGAUGGGCCCUCAUUCUGCUGUCGUAUGAUUUCGAUAUCACGCACGUCGCUACGCAGGAUUUUGGCUAUGCGGACAUCCUAUCUAGGCUCAUUGACCCGCGAGCAAAACCAGAUGACGAUUUCGUUAUUGCUUCGGUUCAAAUGGAAGAGGACGUGUCUGCCACCGUAAAUGCAGCACUAACUGCUCUGCCGGUCACUUUCAAACACCUUCAAGCUGCCACUAACAACGACAAGCUGCUUCUGGAAGUGAUUCAACACGUGCAAACUGGUUGGCCUAAAUCGAUUAAGCAAGUCAAUAAUGAUCUCCGUCCGUUCUACGCUCGCAAGGAAGGACUUUCUCUCGUGCGAGGGUGCCUCAUGCUAUCUGGUCGAAUCGUUGUGCCGAAAGUGUAUCGGCAACACGUACUCAAGGCCAUCCACAAAGGACAUCCCGGUCAAGAGCGGAUGAAGUCAGUGAUGAGGAGCCAUGUCUACUGGCCCGGCGUCGAUCAAGAUGUGCAAAAUUUCGUUUCGUCGUGCAGGGCUUGCGCAUCUGUGGCCAAAUCUCCGCCAAAAACCUUACUUUCGUCGUGGCCACAAGCUAGUCAUCCCUGGCAACGGCUACACGUGGAUUAUGCUGGUCCUUUUGAAGGACAGUAUUUUCUGGUCAUUGUCGACUCCUACAGUAAGUGGCCAGAGAUCAUCCGAACAUCAACUAUCACCAGUAGGACGACCAUCGAACUGCUUUUUGAAACGUUCGCUCGGUACGGACUGCCAGAAACCAUUGUCAGCGAUAAUGGUACGCAGUUUUCUUGCAGCCAAUUCAAAGAAUUCUGCGAGUCUCUUGGCAUCGUGCACAUACGCACCGCUCCGUAUCACCCGCAGUCCAAUGGACAAGCGGAGCGCUUUGUGGAUACUCUGAAGCGAGGCUUAAGAAAAAUAAUGCCAGAAACGCAAAACUCUAUUUCCCGUUCUCUGCAAAUUUUCUUGUCCGCUUACCGGUCAACACCGAACAAGUCGGCUCCGGAUGGACUGUCACCGGCUGAAAUUUUGAUGGGGAGGAAACACCGAACCACAUUGGAUUUGCUGAAACCACCUGUAGAUUUCGUUCUCCAGAAAAAUCAGCACAUGGAAAAUCAAUUCAACAGACACCAUGGGGCAAAGAAGCGAAAUUUCGAAAAAGGCGAUCAAGUGUAUGCAAGCACUCUCAAGCAUGGAAAACUCGUAUGGCUAGCUGGUACCGUCAUCGAACGUGUUGGUAGUGUCAAUUACAAUGUGUUGCUGGAUGGAAGCAGGCUAAUCAGAUCACACACCAAUCAACUCCGUGCUCGGGGGAACACUAAAGUCGAGGUCCAUAUGGAAGAAGCUUCGUCGAACCAUCACCUGCCGUUGCAUAUCCUGCUGCAAGAGUUCAAGUUCAUCGAAGGGUCAUCGACCGCUGCAGAUCAACCGGUUCCUGCUGCGCCACGUCUACCGCGGGACCGCCCGCUUGUUCCGCUCCGUCGGUCCACUCGGAUCCGCCGGAUGCCCACUAGAUACAACCCGUACUUCUACAGAUAA